CGCCAGCAGCUCGUCCCCCCCCCGCGUCGCGACCGCGGAGAGGCGAUGAUGAGGCGCUGAGGUGCUGAGAUGCGGGGAUCCCGCGGGGACGCGCCGCGCCAGGCUCGGAACAAAGCGCUCGCUGGACGCCGGGAAGCUAGCCAUGGUCGACCCGUCCGAAGCGGAGGAUCAGGGCAAGAGCAAAGGUCCAGGGCCGGAGGCACCGACCACGGCCUCGGAAGCCCCCCGCAUGCCGGAGCAGAAUGGGAGCGGAGCGGCGUCGGCAGAGGGGGCUGUGGAAGGCGCGACGGAGUCUGGGCCGUCCUCCGAGAGCAGACCGCAGCAAGAUCGCACGAGGGACCCGUCCCCCAAGCUUCACCUGGACCUGUACAACUUCGACUCCCCGGACGCUGAGGGCAGCCGCUACGUGCUGACCAGCCCGCACUCCCUGGAGGCCUGCGCCCGCUGUGGGGUCAAACCCGUGGAGCUGCUGCCUAGGCCACUUGUGGACUUCGCCCGAGAAGCGCCGGGCCGAUCUAUGCGCGUGGCAACAGGACUCUUUGAGGCCUACGAGAAGGACAGGCACGCAAAACUAAAACAGUGUCGGGAGGAACGAGAGAGGAUCAUCAGGGAGGAGAGGAGACGGCUGCUCCAAGCAAGCGUCACUAGCAAUAGCAGCUCGGCUUCUGCUUCAGUAGACAGGUCCCCGGUCGCAGCCAGUGUUGGCUCGGGUCACCCUUCAAAAAUUGUGCAGACUACCACCGGUCAGCUCACAAAAACUGUUGUCAGUGGGGCAGGACAAUCUCCUCAACCUGCCUCAAGUAACUCAGUUACAUCCUCUAAAUCUGCUGCCUCAAGGUCUGGCAAAAUCUCAAAAUCCGUCCCUGUAGCCUUGCAGUCAAAACCUUCUUCUUCUGUGCAGCAUUCAGCUACCGUCCCUUCAUUGACCCUUCCGUUUUCUAAGUCGGUUUCAUCAGUGCCGAGUACUAAAAAAGGAACAAGUCCCAUAGUGAAAUCUGCCAGCACUUUUCCCAGAUCAACCCCCAGAGCUACCUCAUCCGUCCCCAGGGCUUCCACAUCUCUGUCAGCAUCUGGGACAAACUCCACAGCACCCGUCGCUGUCACCGGUGUGACACCGUCUCGCAAUGGCUUCUCAACUGCUCCCUUUGCCGAGAUCAACGGUUUUGCUUCAUCUCAACCAAAGAGGCAAGAGAAGAGCCAUUCGCUUGAGUCCUUACAGCGGAGACGGGAGCCGACGUGUUCCUCAACCACUACCCGCACCUCCUCUGAGUCAGGUGCUUCGUCCUCCUACAGCUGGGAGGGGCCUCGAGAGCGGUGGGUUAAGGCGUCCAGCCCAAGGGCCCGCACCCUUGCCACAUUCAACUCUCUGAUGGGCCGCAGCCUCAGCCUCGGUGACCUCAGCCACUCGCCCCAGACCACGCAGAAGGUGGAACGUAUCGUAAAGGAGGUCAAGCGGCGGGGACUGAAAGCCGUUCCUGAGCGGGACCGCAAGAUCGCGGCGCUGAUGCUGGCCAAGUACCAGGAGGAGGACAUCAUGAGCCAGACCCGCUAUGUGGCGCACCUGCAGUGGGACAGCGAGCGGCGGCUGGAGGAGCUGAGACGUGAACGUGAGGAGCGGGAGAAGCAGCGCGCCGUGCAGCAGUGCCAGCGAGCGUGGCACUCCCAGGUGUCCACGCGACAGCAACGCCUCACCCAGCAGGAGCAGGAGGCCACCGCCGCCAAGCUGCGGCAGGUGGCCGAGAACGAGGAGAAGUGGCGUGAGAUGGCAGAGCAGCAGGAGCGCAGUCGCAUGCAGAGGCUCCAGCAGGCGGCCCGCGAGGAGAAGCAGAAGAAAGUAGUGCAGGAGCAGAACCUGCGAGCUCUGGAGGAGGAGCGGGCCGCCAUGUUGGAACAGGAUCAGCUCCUGCUGCAGGAGAAGCUCUCCAUGGCAGAGCUGAAGAGGCAGGAGCGGGAGCACCAGAUUCACGAGGAGCGACGCGGGCUGAACCGCGCCGAGAGGAGGCGGCACACCGCCCUGAUUCGAGAGAUCGCCCGCCGUGAGGCAGAGGAGCGGGAAGUGACCAAGAAGGCCUUGGAGGAGAAGUUGAGUCGUUCCUCCGGGAACUACGAGCAGAUCAUGGAGAGACGUGGACAGGAACUCCGGGAAAAGGCCAGGCGUGAGGAGAAGCAAAUCCAGAGAGCGAAGAGGGCAGCAGAGGAGCGGGAGCGACAGCAGCAGGAACAGCUGGAAGUACGUGCGAAGGAAACGGAGCGACGGGCGCAGCAGGCAGCCAUCGUGGCAGAAGAGCGGGCCAAGGAGAAGGCCCUCCGUGCCGUGAUGAGCCGGCAGGAGAAGGAGAAGCUGCAGCGCAUGAACCGGCAACGCGUGGAGGAGGAAGAGCAGCAGCGGCGGCUGGAACUGCUGCAGUCCAUCGAGAGGAAGCUGGAGAAGAGCGAGCAAAUCUUCCGGGAGAAGCGGGCCGUGCUGGAGAGCGCUCGGUCCAUGGCGCGUGCCUCUUUUCACGUGCGAGACCGCGUGCGGGAGGAGACCAACAUGCGUACAUUUGACAAGAUGGCCCUGGAAGCCAAGCUGAAGGCCAGCCUGGACGAGAAGUGAGCCCUGCUGAGCAGCCAUCGCUCCCGCCGCCGCUGCUGGGAAUCGGCUGUGCUUGGGCUCCACGGGGACCUUACAGUCGAGCUACAGUUGCAAACCAUGUAGGAUUACAACGUAUCAUCAAGUUCAUCUUGUUUUUUAAAUCUCAUUGGAUCACUCUGGAGCUACGUAUAUUACUUUUUCAAUAAUAUCUGCUAGGAUGUGUCAGUCAUGUUCAGAUGAAGCCAACAGAACAUUUCAGGAUAUGCAAACAGGGAAGUGUGGUCUUGCUACUGAGUAGCAAACGUGGGAUUGAUGUUCCCGUCCCAAAAGUCUCUUCUGAAGUACAUGAAGUGGAAUGAUUAGCGCUGGCCCGCAGAAGAUGAAUGAACUUCUUGUGGUGCUCAGCUGGUGGUAGUCAGUGGUUUUGCAAAUUCUGAAACCCUUUCAUUCUCCCCGCCAAGCAGUGGACAGCGAGCUCACCAUCGCAGUCCAUCAAAGCCGUUCCAAAAGGAAAAGUGUGCAUUGUCACCAAGGAAACGGACGUUCAUGGCAACUCUACUGGCUUUUCGUCUUCAGAUGAAAAAAGAAGCGAAUGAAAAAUGAGCCGAAGGAGCUGAGCUGCAGUUGGAAAAAGAGCUCCUGUCAAUAUGUCCAGCAGAGUGACACAGUCCAGCUGUGUCAGCAGAGUGUUCACAGGAGCUCAUCGCCAUGUCAGUCCACACUCUUCUGCAGGGGGCUUCAGCCAGAAGAAAUCAAGGAAACUCGUGACAACGAAAAGCCAACUUUUAGCUCAGCAGCUGCAGUCUUGGCCUGUCCGGAAAGCUAAGCCCAGUGUGCCAUGUGUUCACCAGAGGAAAGAAGAAAGGACGUUGAAGUCUGGGUACAGAACCCACUUGUUUCCGGUGUGCGUUGCUCCGAAGUGAAUUCUGCCACGACUCUCCACCGAACUGCUCUGUUGGAGUUAACUAAAGCUUUCCAUGGAUCCUUCAUUUCUAUUUGUUUACUAAAGCGUGGGGUAGAAUAAAUAUUGUGUUGUCACUCAUUCUCGCUCGCCUCCUUGACCAAUACAUCAAGCUAAAAAUGUUCCACUCCAUUUGUAAAGCUUUGUGAAGAUUAUGAUUUACACAUAAUGCUUUUAUUCCCCAUUGAUGAUUGAAGGAAAUGCAGCUGAUACUGUGAUGUGAGAUGUGUGAUAGGUGUUCUUUGACACAUCUUAGCGUGUGGCUUCCUCCCAAUUAAUACAAAAGUGACUGGGGGAAACUAUACAGAAUGCAAUUGUUUGUCAUCUAUAUUG